AUGGCCAGGAUUUCUUCCCUCCGCCUUUCCUUGGGCGCUGCCCUGCUGCUCGCCAAUGUCUGCUAUGCGCAAGACAGUGCCAGUCCUCCAGGUGAUUCGGCAGCGCCUGCGGAUGCCAGUGCUUCGGCCGAGCCCACGAUGUCCAUUUUUGCUGAUCCGGGCUCCCCUGACGCGGGCGCCGCUGAGCCGGCCGCCGCCGCCACCACGACCGAUGAUGGAGCUUCUGGCGUCGCCACCACCAUGGACGUUGGCGCAGGGCCCCCGACCCCUACCUUCCCGUACCCGCCGGGCUCCUACCCGAUAGGCGACACGACCUACUACGUGGCUUGCGAGACGGGCGAUAUGAACACCGAGUGGUCGCCGAGCCUGAUCGUCCAAGGCUCGGCCAACAUCGACGACUACGGCACGUGCAUGGCCUUCUGCGAGUCGCUCGGCAAGGUCUUGUGCGUCACUGCCAUGUGGAACCCGGAGAGCAGCAGCCCCUGCCAGAUCCUGCAGUCCUACCAGAACCUCCUCAGCCAGCCCUUCGGCCGCUGCUACGGUGCGAGGCCCUAUGUCCCUGGAGACGACCAGCCAUCGCCGCCCACCGGUGGCUUUCCCCCGGACUCACCGUCGGAUCCGGACUUCCCUGUGCCGCCGACCACGUCGGACACGUCAGGAGGGCCACCCGUGGCACCAGGACCUCCCGGGGCGCCCCCGGGGCAGUCUGACCCAUUGACGUCUAGCGUAAGCUCCCCGCAAUCUCCCAGCAGGAAGGGCAACCCUAACGGGUCAUCCGCUGCUCCUCCGCACCCGCAACCGCUGCGCCGCGACGCGAAGUGCGGCUCCGAGUGGGGCAGCAUCCCCUACACGUCGUGCCCGCAGGACCACUCGGUCUACGGGCCGUGCUGCUCACGCUUCGGGUACUGCGGCCGCGGUCAUGCGCAGUCUCGCAAACAUAGCAGUGGUUACUAUCCGUCUGAUCCGUCCAACCCUGGCUACUACCCAUCCACCCCUGGCUACUCUCAGUCAGCCCCUGAUUACUAUCCGUCCGACCCUGAUUACUAUCCGUCGAACCCUGGCUACUCCCCGUCAGGUCCUGAUUACCAUCCCUCCGAUCGUGGCUACUAUCCUUCCGACCAUGGUAGCUCUCCGUCCGACUAUGAUAAUGAUCGCAUCCCUCCAUACGUUACAUCACCACAAGACCACGGCGGACGUCGGCCCAAGGGCAAACGUCCUCACAAAUGCAAGCAGUGCGAGGAAAAGAAAGAGAAGGGGUACUAG